UAACAACACCAAAGAUCACGGUACAAAGAGGUAAAGAGUUGCACUUAGCAUGUGGUAUCACAUUGGAAGCUGGUGAUGAAUUCUAUGCAGUUCGAUGGAUUCGAGGACUACAAGCAGAUCCGUACGGUGCAAUAUAUGUUUCAAACGGGUGUGGUAAGCGCGAGUUUGAAUGUCCUGUUAAUCUCACCAGUGACAAUCGUGGUUCAGUCCAGUAUGCGAAGGGUGAAAGAAACGAUUCAACAUUGACAUUAACCAUCCAGAAUAGCACAUUAGAUGACAACACGCGCUUUGAAUGUUCAUUUGUCAGGAAGAACGGCUAUCCUCUUUCCACAACAAUUAGUGUGACCGUCAACUACUUCCCCAAUGAAAGGUAUCCAUUUUGUAAUGCGUCGUUAAAUAAUCCCCAGAGUGCACUACCUUUGCUGAUUUGCUCGUCUGACAAGGCUAGACCAGUAGUUUUGCUUGAAUGGACCAUACUCCUUAAUUCAUCAGUGAUUUCCAUUUCUAAUGCCACAGUCGUUGCUGGGGAUGAAGUUGAAAGCAUCCUGAACCUCGACACAGUGGAGACGUCUUACCAUAAUAUGACAUUCACUUGUUUCAUGUCUAGUGAUGCCUAUCCUGGCAUUAAAAGAAGCUGCUCCAUCAGACUGUCUGACCUAAAGACUAUUACUACAGGCAGUCCUACCACUCAAAGUCGAGAACUUGUUGUUAUCACCACUGAAGUCACUACUUCACGCAGCCCCAGUCCAUCAGAAGAGACUGACCCUACCGUGCUGGUACCCAAAUCCACUCCCUUCCCAAUGGGAACUACUUUCAUUGUAGUGAUGACGGUUACCAGCGGUGCCAUCAUCAUCAUUCUCCUUGUAGUCAUAGUUUGCCUUGUCUCGAAGAAAAAAAUUAAGAGGCGCGUGGAAAGGUACAACUCAACAAGUUCAGAGAUUAGAGAUCAAGCAGUCAACGCGCAUGAGGAACACGAUCGCAACGACCGAUUCGCUAAUCCAGGAGCGAGCGGCAAUGGCACAUCCGUGGGGCACAUCAGACCGACCGGCCCGUCAGCUCCACUGGAAUCGUCCUUGUACGAUGACGCCGAUUUUUCAGUGGUUCACGCGGAGCAGCCACCACCGGAGUACGCUGUACUAGAUCCAGACAUCACCCCAACACACUCAGCUGCGAGUAAUGAUUAUGCGUAUGCAUACGCAGCUGUGCCGAGAAUGGCAAGGCUUAACCACGGUGAGGAUGUAUUCCGUGAUGAAGGGAACAUCCGUCAGAAUGUCGAGCAAGGUCAAAAAGCAUUUACUUCUCAGGGGCAUGGAAAAACAAACCAGUAUUACGAAGAUGUUGACUCGAGCAGUGGGGCCGGUCCGUUUGGAGUGGCCAAACAUAGCGACAGGGACAGCGACAACGACGAGGACUGGGACACGAAGUUCGUCGACAACAUCCUGUACGUGGCGUCCUCAAACGAUGCAAUCAUCAACGAGCAAAAAAUUGGCAGCGGGGAUGUCAUCUUCAAGAAAAAAGUCAAAGGCAAACCGAGACUUGACCCAUUCUAAUGGCCUCUUCAUUAUUGGACAUUGUGAAGUUCAGAACCAAUUACAUUAACAAGCAUCUUCAGAGUAAUGAGCCCAGUAUUUAAUGUACUACUCAAAAAUGAUUAAGGACCACUUCCGAACUUGUAAAUUUUUUUUCAAAACAACGAGCGGGGUCAAGUUCUUUCGUUUUUUAGUUUGUCUAGAUGGUUUUUCAUUGGAAUAACAAAUAAAUAAAUUAGGAUAGUUGUAUUGGCGUAUUUUCAGCAGUAAAAUAUUUCACAUAAAAAGGUAUACACAAAAUAAAAAGUGGUCCUCAACUUUUUUUAGUAUUGUAUAUAGGAAUUGGAGAUGUUAUGUCUAUUGAUGUUGAUUAAUUAUCAGAAAAAGACAUAAGCAGCUACCAAGUCAAGGGCAUUUCCUUUAAAUAUGCAUUAGAAAUCUGGUUCAUUCGAAAUGAAUUUUGCUACGAUACCAACAUUUUAACCGGCUUCCUCGAAAAAAAAGCAGCUUUGAUAAUCUAACCACGAUGUGGUUUUAAACACAAAUGACUGAAAUUUCAUCUCGGUGGAUUUUUUACAUUUUGAAAAGGCACUGUAUAUCCACACAACACGAUCAGGAUAAUUGCAAAUAAUCAUUUCGGCUUGGACCGCAGAGUCUUUAGUUUCGCAGCUUUGCUGUGAAAAGAGCUGUGCUAUUAAAAGAAAUGAAACAUUUACCACAAAGACAUCUUUGACAACAGGUCGGAGAUACCAAUAUAACGAAAUCAUAUCCACUGGGUUAAAUUACUGCGAAGUGCACUUUCGUUUUUGCAAUGUGCAUGGCACGCAGAUGACUUUAAUAGGUGUUUAUUGUGGUGCAAAGGGACGAUAAGCAGCUUUUCAAAAGGACAAGUGCUGUUCCGGAUUGAAUUUAGCUAUUAUGGGAUGGCAGUAGUGAACCAAAACACCUAACACCGUCGUCCAUCCCCUAAGCUCAGAGUUUGUGUUGUUUUAACAUUCGGGCAACCACAAAAUUUCUUACUUAUAAAUUCUUAUAUCUUAUUCAACGCAACGAAUACGAAGUCUACCUCUGACUUCAAUGAGCAGUUGCUUCUUUCUUUCCUCCGAUCGUUUGGACUGAAACAUUUUCGUAAUAUAUCCCUUUAAUUUUGCUGAUGAAAGUAACCAAGACCCUUACACCAGACUCUUUGGGGUUACUGUUUGCUAAAGUAACCCUCUGUCCCGUGUCCUCAGUCGUCAAGGAUGUUAAAUGGAAAAACAGUUUUGGAAUGGCUUAUAUUUACAAAGUGUAACGUCCACUCGUUACCACACGCUUCAUGCAGGUUUUGCAGGAAUUAUAGAAUGUGUAAAAUGAAAGUAUAAAUUAUUUGUGAAACCAGGAGUAAAAG